AUGAAAAGCGCAGAAUAUAUAAAAGCUAAUAAUGACUGGUUAGAUGCCCAAGCCAACGCCAAAGCAGCCCAACUUAUAGGGUCAAUAAGGACAAAAAUACAAGCGGAUGAAGACAGUUCAAAUGAAGCUUUAAUGAAUGCUGACUUUAAGAACGCCUUCGAAGCUCUUCAUAGUAAGGUGAAACUAGUGAACGACUUCUCAUCUGGAAAGAAACUGAAGUCUGAAGGUUUCGACAAAGAGUUAAAAGAAGUAGCACAAAAUAUGACGAAAAUAACAGAUGCAGCAACGAGACAUGCAGUUCAAAGUGCCUAUGACGCCGUUAGAGCAACUGUUGUGGAAAGUCAAGAAAAAGAGUUACAACAGACCAAAACAGACCUAGUAAAUGCUUUCUUAAAAACGAAAAGUCAGGUAGGACAUUAUGCUGCAGAUGGAACAUAUGUGCCAGCUGGUGGAACUUAUAUACCAGCUGGUGGAACUUAUAUACUAGCUAGUGGAACUUAUAUACCACCAAACCCUCCAAGAGAAGCACCUGCACCAGGACUACCUAAAACAUUUACAUCGUCACAUGGACACAGACACAGGCAUGCACCAAAACCAACACAACAACCAACACAACAACCAACAGUUCAAAACACUGCACCACAACCAACAGUUCAAAACACUGCACCACAACCAACAGUUCAAAACACUGCACCACAACCAACAGUUCAAAACACUGCACCACAACCACAAACAGAGCAAGGACAUAAAAGAAGUAGAGAACAAGGAAACCAAGAAUUCUUAAAAAUGCUUAAGGAAAAUUAUGGUUACCCAGAUACUCUUGACUUUAGUGACAGAUAUAAAGAAGCUAUUAGAAAGUUCAAGGAAGGAAAUACUGACCCGAACCUAUUUAGCUUUAUGGUUCAGCACCAAAUGGGAUAUAAUUUCAAACCUGGAAAAUACAAGCUCGCUAAGGGAUAUGAUUUAAUAGCAUAUCAUCCAAAUGACAUGGAUGAAUUUACUCCGAGAUAUUUGAU